AUGGAAGAACAUACAUGCGCGGCGCGGGGCGGCGGCGCGGGGCGGCGCGUGCGCGGCGCGGCGUGCGGCGCGCUGGCGGCGGCGGCCGCGCACAGGUGCGUGCGCUGCGCGCUCGCCGCCACCAAGGACUGUCUCUACAACUUGCUGGUCACGCUGACACCUAUAAAUGAAGAAGAAAAAGACGUAGAUUGUAUAUAUGCGCGUGCGCAAGCGUUGCACCUCCUGGCCGCCUUAUUGAGCGAGCGUGCGGCCAGUGACACCGUGUGGUGGGAAUUAAAGAAGAACAACUUGAUGCUCUUCCAUCUGUUGCUUCAGGCUUUGGAAAGUGACGACCUUGAGUUACAAGAAGCCGCAAUGCACUGUUUAACGCAGUUGGCUCGGUCGUUAUCUCACAAUAAUUGUAACGAUAAAUCUAAAGAUCAAUGCCACGUCGAUUUCUUCAAUGACUUUCCAUCGCCACACGCACGGGAAGCAGAUGACAGACUAUGCGCCGGUGACGGUGCAAGGAACGAUUGUCAGCCGGAAUAUAUAGUCGAGGAGUUUUGUAAGAUAAUGAUGAAUAUGUAUCAAGAUCUCACCGAUAAAAAGAAGUGUCUUUCCAGUCAAGACGAGACGUGGUCGCUGGUGUGCAGCUGCCUGUGCUCGCUGCAGCGCGCGAGCGGGCGCGCCCGCGCCUACUGCGUGCACCGACGCUUCCCGCGCGCGCUUGUCGGCGCCUUGCAGAGCCUUCGCGACGCGCUCUCGCUGCGAGGGAAACCGGUCGACGUUAUUAAAAAUGCUGAUCAUGAACCAACCUUCAACAGUUUAAACUGGGUUCUGACGCUCGUCACCUGCUCGAUGUUCGAAUGUCCCCCUGCCAAAAACCUUUUUGCGGAGGAUUUGGCCCUCUCCCUCAUCAGACUUUGGCCGUGGUGUAUGAUGACUGAAUCUUUGAGAGAUUCUCUUAUGAGUUUACUUAUUACCUUCACCAAUGAUUUUUCUAGAGCGUGGUCCAGUAUGUGCAGCUGCGUGGGCGGACGCAGUCUGCUAAACGAAGUUUGCUCGCUCGUCAAUCGUGAAGCCUCACGUCCGCGGCCCACUUCCCUCCUGCAGCGCGCACUACGGAUAUUGAGACACUGUGCACCCCACCAGCACUGUAGAACUAUAAUAAUUAAGAACGACAUCCUGUCUCGCAUGAACAAGGUGAGCGGGCGGCGCGGCUGCGCGCCCGACGAGUGGUGCCGGCUGGGCGAGGCGCUGGCGCGGCACGCGGAGGGCGCGGCGGCGCUGCUGGCGGGCGCGCGCGCGGCGCCGGCGCGCCUGCUGCCCGCGCUGGCGCACGCCGCGCACCACCAGCGACUGGCGUUCCUGCAGUCGCCGGAUCUAUUGGAUCUUUUGUCGAGCAGCCUCCUCACAGGCGACACUUCGGAGAUCGUGUCGGCGGCGCGGGCGGUGUGGGCGCUAGCGGCUAACAACCACAGGGCUAAAUUAGUCCUUCGUAGCGCGGGUAUGCCAGUAGCUGUGCAGUCGUCCCUACAUCGCUUGCAAAAGAACGCCUCAGACGAGGCUACAAAGCGCGCCAUCCAGCUUCUUACUUAUACACAAACCGUUCUGCAAGCUACAUGAUUUAAUUGAAUUAAGGACAUUAUUUGGUCAAUCAUAUAAGAUGUUAAUUUUAACGUUGUUUAGUAUUUAUUUAUGAAUUUAAUAUAAAAUAUACAAUUU